CAUCGGAGGUAUACGCAAGUAAACUCGAAGCGCUCAUUUGUUUACAUCGUCGAAGCUAUCUUUCUUGACUUGUCAACCUUGAUUUUAACCCCAACCUUUACAAUGGCGCAAUAUCAUGCGGAAUCCGUAGCUGUGACGCCGCCUGCUACGGGCAUCAUCAUGACUCCCAGCUAUGCCCGAACGAUUGCGCAGAUGGCUUAUAUCUGGGGCUGGCCGAUGGUGAACAUGCUCAAUCGCGAAGCCAGCGUCACGCAAGCCCCGCGGCCCGGCCUGCUCGAUGGUAUCUUACCUGUCGCGCCGCGCGGCCAAGUUGGCAUGCUGCAUGAUUACAUCGAGCCGGCAGAGACUUUUGUCACCUGUCCCAACCAGGACGUCGUCUAUGGGCUUGGCUUCUUCUCGCUCGACGAGCAGCCGGUCAUUGCACAGGUGCCUGACUUUGGCGACCGCUUCUGGGUCUACGCCCUCUAUGACGCACGCACCGACCAGUUCGGCCAGCUCGGCAAGCCUUACAACACGAAGCCCGGAUUCUAUCUGCUAGUGGGCCCGAGGUGGAACGGUCUAAAGCCGGAUGGCGUUCGCGAGGUGAUUCGGUGUUCCACACCUCUCGCCAAUGCUAUCCCGCGCAUCUUUCAGAAUGAUACGCCCGAAGAUAAAGAAGCGAUCCAGAAGGUAAUUAACAGCGUCGUUUUUUAUCCGCUGGAGGAUUUCACCGGCAAAAUGAAGACGAUCGAAUGGGCGAACCUGGAGGACAUUCCCGGCCCUGGAGGCGACGGUGGCGACGGCGAGACCAAGUGGGUGAUCCCCGAGCAGUUCUUUGAUCAGCUCCCUGACGUGCUCAACACGGUCGAGCCUCUGCAAGGUGAAGAGGCGCUGUAUGGACAGUUCCGUCUGCUGCUCGAUGCAGCGGCCAAGGAUCCCGAACUGAAAAAGGUAGUGGUUGCGACUGCGGUCGAAGCCGAGGACAGGGUCAUUCCCCCGUUCUUCGAGUGGAAGCACAAUGGACGUCCGGCCGGCAACAGCUGGAAUCGCUCGACGAACAACGCGCAGUUUGGCGUAGACUACUUCAACCGGACAGGCACCUCAAAGUCGAACAUGUUCGACAAUAGGCCGACAGAGACGCAGUACUUCUAUACUGAUUUUGACAGCGUGGGCGGUGAGCUGGAGGGCAGCAGCAGUUAUGAAAUCAUAUUUGCUGCGGGAGAAGAACCUCCCGUCGACGGGUUCUGGUCGCUGACGCUCUACAACGACAAGCACCUGUUCCACGCAAAUGACCUCAAGCGCUAUUCGUUGGGCACUAAAAGCAAGACGCUUCAGCGCAACGCCGAUGGCUCGCUCACCCUCUACACGGGCGCGAAGUCGCCGGGCGGGGAGAAGGAAAGCAACUGGCUUCCGGCCCCCGAUGGGCGGUUCUCGCUCUAUAUCCGUGCCUACUGGGGCCAGGAAGGGAUCCUUGACGACUCCUGGACGCCGCCUAUUAUUCGCAAAGUGGAGUAACGGGAGAGCGGACAUUGAAGUUGAGCGCUGACGUUCUAGGGAGGAGAUAUUUCGUGAUGAAAAUCCCUUAAUAUAAUCAUUCUGCUAGUCGUCAAUAUUAUGCUCAUUGACAGCGGUCUAUUCUCUUUUUCCAGUGCUAUGGCAUAAUCACAGUCGAUACUCGCGACAUUGCUUUGGCUUUUUGGAAGGAUGUACUGAUAUAAGACCCAGCAGGCUCAUUGCCUCCAUCCAGUGAAGAAAAUGCUUCUGGAGGAAUAAUCGUGUCUGUUCUAUUUCAAAAGAUGAGGCCCGGGAUUUUAUG